AUGGAGAAUUCUGAUCAAGAAGACAUACAGGCUUCCCCUAUUAGGGACCCUAUACCCAAACUUAUCCCCAACUGCCUGAACCUCUCUCUUCCCGGAGGCUUCGAAAUGGAUGCGAUAGACCAAGAAGACAGGCUGGAAGAGCACAGCCAAUGCUUUAAAUGCAAGAAGAUCUCCCGAGCUGAAAAACGAGAGAUGAAAGCCCAGAUGACGGCCGCCAGGUUACUCGGGGCUGAACCCCCAAACCCGUGCAAAAAAUGCGGCGACAAUUACUGGGCUGAUGAUUGCCCAAAGCAAAAAACCAAGACCACAGGAAGAGCGAAGAUCACCCAGAGUGAUCCCCCUCAGGAUACUAUCCUCGAUAGCAUUCAAGUCCUCCGGUCUGGCGACUCCUCCCCCAAAGAAACUCCCGAUAUACUAAUGCCGGAUGCUGCACCAAACCAUGCUGCAAAGCAUAAGCGCAUAGUCACCGAUGGCACAGUAUCAGCGCCUCGGUCACGAAAGAGACUGCGACAGCAGGUGGAUGAAGUCACACAAUCACUUGGUGCUUCAUCAGUCUCCUCAGAGAGAUCUGCUUCUACUAGCACCACCUCUCGCAUACUCCCCUCCCGUCCCCGAGCCCAAAACCCAAAACGCUCCAGCCAAGAACGUUCCCUACCAGAAGAUCUGAAGCAGGUCGAGGAGAUGAAGCGCCGUCCAUAUACGCCGACGGCCUCCACCCCUAUAUCAAACUGCUGCUCGCUCUAA